AUGUUCUCCAAAAGACCCUUCAUAGGGCCUCGGCGGCCCGUUAACAACCCCACAAGAGAAAUCAACAGCCCGCACCCACCCACUACAUCAGACCCAGUGCAUGACAAGUACAUCAAAGAUUUACCAGCGUUGCCUAACGAUUCACACACGUCUUUGCAGCUCGAGUCAAAACAUGAUAUGACGAGUAACACACACUCGGACGUCUCACCUGUUGGCUCGCCGCUCCCACACCAUGAUAGGCGAGACAGCCAAAGUAGCUUUUGUGUUUCGCCCAUCGGAGAUGGAGAUCAAUUUCCUCAUUAUCCGCCCUCUAUGUCACCAACUCCUAUAUUGAGGGAAAAGAACGUCGACAUUCAAUCCAAACCUCGACUUCAACCCGUCCAAGAACCCAGACGAGUCAUUUCAGGUAAACCCACGUAUGAAAAUGAUUUCUUAGGCGAGCCAACUACCAAUGAGGUCGAUCGAAUCACCCAAGUGAAUCCCCGCAAUACGCCUUUUCACAAACCGACCACUUCUCAUACAUCAAAUAUCUUCAAGCAAUUCCAUCCCAAAAAAACAUUCACAGCCGCUCGAAACCGGAUCAGCAGUAUCUCGAAGACCGAAGACUAUCCAAAAGAAACUAGAGUUCGAUCUUCAUCACGUGGAUUUCCAGUAGAAGACCAUUCCGCCAAGCGCAACGGUACUUCAAACGCGAGCCCUCAGCUACACAACUUGACUUUUGCCUCUACGACCGUGACCACAAUCACCUCUGGGGGCCCGGCGGUUUCACUUCCAACAAGACCGGCAACCGAACGUGCGCCUAGCCAUCCACGCGAAGACACGCCAGAAUUUAAGUUCGACGACGAGGUUAUCAGCAUGAUGCUUCCGAGUAACGAGCCCAUGAGCCGUUUCAGCGCAACGACGUACAACACAACCGAGCCCAACAGCCAAAACCCGAGCCCGCGAGAGAGUAUGCAACUCGACACUCGGUCGACAGAUGAUCUCUCCACCAGCUCAAUCAUGGGCCGACGCCGUCCCGUUGCCCCAGUUGGCUUGCCGACCUCCAAAAAGCCAAUUGCCAACAAUAAACCAGUCCGAAAGCCCACCCCAUCCCAGGUUGCAGAGCAGAUAAAGCAAUUGCCUGUACAGUCUUCUCUGCCUCCAUCCGAGGAGCCAAUGGAUGCCCAUGGUCGUAUUGAGGCUAUGCAGGACAAGCGAGACGAACUUACUCGGCGUAGGUAUACUCUUGAGACUGUCAUUGCUGAGUUGAUGAAGGUGUUUCAACCCAACUCUCCUGUUGUGUAUGAUAAGGCUGCCAAAGAUGAAGUUCAGAAAAGUGUCACAAGUAUGGAGAACGAGAUUGCGGACAUCAAGAAAGAGGAGCACGAUCUUGGUAUGAAGAUUACGCGGGCUUGGCGUCGAUUGGAUGAGAAGGAAAAUGCCGGCGAUGGAAAUAAUCUUUGGGUCAAGCGCGUCACAAGUUAG